AUGUCAGAAAUGCCUGAUUACACUCGCAAUGUGUCACUCAGACUGUCUAAAGUACUUGAUGAGAUAGGAGUGAACGAAAAAAUAGUAAUAAAAAGAAGGCGACAAGGGCUAAUGAAAGAAUCAAUACGUACGAUAGGGCACAAAUUAAUAAUACAUGAAGAUGUAAAUUUGUAUCUCUUAGGUAGUAGAAUAGAAGGUACUACAACACUUGGACUUAAUUCUGACGUGGAUAUUCUUUUCAAACGUCCCAUGUAUAGUGUUAUACAAGAUUGGACUGAAUGGGAACCUGGUAAACAAAACCUGUUAAUGAUACAGGAUGAUACUAUAUCACCAGGAUACUGCUUAUUACAGAUACUGAGAUGUGAUGCUCCACUUCCAGAGGUCAAUGUAUUUGAUCAAUACUCGCAUAGAGAUAGAUUAGGAAGAGUACUAUUAAAUAAUGCAAUAGCAAAUAUCGUGAAGCAUGCUGAACAUGUUAGACAUGGCCCAGCACAAUCAAUGGACGGAAGGCCUGGUUUCUUAAGUCAUGACCUUGUCUCUGCAAUGUCUUGUCAACAGUGGCCAUUGCAAGCUAGACAAUGGAUUGCUCAGCAAGGUGAAGAUAUGGGGUGUUUCGUUGUAGGAGUUGGAGGCAAAGGAAGUGAAAAUGAAGAACUUGAAUGGAGAAUAUCCACUUCCCUUGCCGAGCGAUAUUUAAUGUUUAAUUUGAAUAUAACACAAAUCAGAUGCUAUGUCUUAAUGAAAAUGAUCUUAAAAUCAUUUAUAAAUACACAAUGCCCUGACAGCAUUUCAAGUUUUAUGUGUAAAACGGUCAUGCUUCAUUGUAUUUCAAGUACAGAUAACAACGCUUGGAAUGAAAACACCUUGCUAAUCUGUCUGAAUUAUUGUCUGACAAUUCUUUACAAUUGUGUUUUAAAUGAUAAUUGUCCACAUUUUAUCAUCCCUGAGAACAAUUUAAUGGCUAGACGUUUUACUCCAUUGACAAAACAAGUCAUACUAGAUACACUCUCUUACAUUAUAAGCAGUAACGGAAGUGCAUUACUUGAAAUAGAAUGUGAUCAACUUGGUUUCAGAAUUCAAAACACUUUUUUGAGGUUAGUAGAGAUUGUACCUGAAGCUAUGUCUUGUAAGAUUUCAGGAGAAAUUGAGAGGGCUGAACUUAUUUUGAAAAAUAUUGAAGAAAGUUAUGACCACAAUGUGGUUGAACCAAUAUGUUGUUGCUACGAUUUUCGACAACCUAAACGCAAAAGGGCAUUCGAUAAGUUAUGUUAUGAAGCAGAUAAUGAAUAUGCAUUGUUACAGAGUAUAACUGCAUCAUGUGUCAUGUUUCUACGAUGUGAAAUAAACUGCUGUCCCAAAGAACUCCAAUAUGAAAUGUUCAGAUCAACGCAACCAGACCUCCCUUAUAAAAGUUUCAAUGAUGAAUGUAUGAAUUUGGCUGUUGUAGACUCUCUACCAUAUUUAUACUUUCUACAGUUUAAGACAUAUUCACAUCUCAGAAGGAAUCGUGAUAAACAGGCGGCAAUUUCCAAUCUUGCUAAAUGCAUUGUAGAGGAACCAAAUUUCGGACACAAAGAAACAGCAUUAAAUCUUCUAGGUCAGUGUAUGGAGCAAUAA